GCACAAAACAAAAGACUAGUCGCAGUUAAAAGCAUAUGAAAUUACCCAGCACCAACGACUUUAUCAACUGUAUUUCAUGAACUGCUUUGAACCCAUUAUUUGUUUUCCAUGUGGACAUAAUACGAGCUGAUGAAAUGCUGCUGUCGAACAUACGGCUAAUUUGGAUGGUCUGGCCUCUUCUUCAUUGGGCGAGUUUAACCUUAUCAGAGUCGUACCUUGAACACCGAAGGCUCGCUCUUAAUGAAAGGACUCCACAGGGUCAGGAAUUUCCAUGGCAUUCAAUACGACUUCCACGCACUCUUUUGCCCACCAGCUAUAAAAUCACAUUACAAACUGAUUUGAAAUCAUUCAAUGUUAAAGGGAAUGUUACAAUACGAGUUAAUUGUGAAAAGCCAACAACACAUAUUAUUCUUCAUUUAAAAGACAUGAACGUAUCAGGGACAACCGUGCUUGAAACUACACAAGAGAGAGAAUUCUUUCCCCUUUUAUCAGCUGGAAGUGUUAAAGAACUGGAGCAAUCGAGGGUAAAAAGCGGAAGAAGAGGCAAGGAUCGCAAUAUAAGAGUCACGGAGACAAUGCAAAAUAGAACUCUUGAAAUGUUUCUCAUUGAAGUAAGUGAAGAGCUCACGCCACAUCAAAACUACGCGAUUUACAUCGAAUUUGAGUAUCCACUGACAGACAAACUUCUCGGAUUUUACAGAAGUUCUUACAUGACAAAAAGUGGUGAGAAAAGGUCAGUAAAACAAAUUAAAGUCUUUUGGUGAUAAGUGAUAUUAUUCGUUAUAUUGAGAUUAUUUUAGACAAAGUCUGUAAUAUUAGCGACCGUGAAGUCACAGCCUAACGCAGGCUUGUUUUGUUAGAAAAGUUGCGAGUCAGAGCGAAUUCACUCGCUCUGACGAAGGGCUUAAGCUCGAAAAGUCAGCUUUCUAAUCUCUUUACGGCGGCUAUUUCACAUCAUCAAGACAGUUCAUAACAAAACCAAUUCAGCAAGUUUAAAGUUAUUUGCAUGACAAACCAGAUUUGAAUAUUUCUUCCUAAUUUAUAGCAGGCAAGUUAAUGACAGUGUCUCUGCAGUUGAGCGUCACUCAGCAUUAUUUGCAAAACAUGAGCAGUUUUUUUUUGUUGACUCAUCAUAAUGAGUAAAGCUCCAAAGAUAAUUUCAGCUAUGAAUGGUUGCCCUGUUCAUUCUUGGUGACCACAUACAGUGGUACAAGUACUUAGCUAGUUGACUAACUUGUUUGAUUUAUUCUCUAAUUUAUUGCCUCUUAAAUGUCUUAAUUUUCUUCUUUAUUUAGUUGCCUUAUAAAAGGCGUCGAUCAAGAAUGAUUAGCUCCUUUAAAUUCGAGCCUUUUCAGAUUUCUUCUCUGUAAAUAGCGGUAAUAGGCCUUUUGUAGGUUCACGUCAAAAUACGCAGUUUCACCCUGAGUCGGCCUUGCUUUCAAGGAGCGGACUGUUGAAUUUUGAUCGGAGAGUAUUCCUAGAACACUGGAAUCAAAAGAAUACCCUCAUGAAAACAUAAAGAAAGUGACAAAGACUUAUGAACAUUCUAGCACAAAGAGGCUUAAUGAUUUCAUCAUGCACAAGAGCAUUUAUGCGAUGUUUGAAAAGUCAAAGGCCUAAGGUGUAUGAUAAAUUGAACUGUAUGCAUUUUACAAUUGGUUCGUGCGCCAGGGUGCGUUUAUUGAGAUAUGAAACACGUGGUAAGAUUGGAGAGCACGAAACAUGCUUAAGAGUUUCUAGAGUCGUUAUCGAUAGCAACUCUAGUUUGGUGAGUGCUCUCAAAUUUCCCAGGUGCUUCAUGUGACGAUGAACGCACAGCUGACACAUGAAGUAAUUGUAAAAAUAACGUUCUCAAUCCAGUUGUUUUUAAUGUUUUAUAUUUUAACUCUCAAUGCUUUAUAUAGACACGAAUCGAGGAUCACUUGUACCCAGUUAUUUUUUUCUUCUUAGUUAUCUGGCAGCUACACUAUUUGAGGCGACUUUCGCUCGAGCGGCGUUUCCAUGCUUCGAUGAACCGGAAAUGAAGGCAAAGUUUUCUGUUACCAUUAUCAGGGAAGGAAAAUAUUCUUCUCUCUCAAAUAUGCCCCUCAUGCAAACGGUAAGAAUAAAAAGGUGUGUUAACCCUUUCAGUCCCAAUAUCUUAAUUGUAAUUAUCCUUACUGUCUCUCAUACGAUUUCUAUGAUGUUUUCUAAGAAUUCUCAUAACUUGUCUGGCUAAGAUUAUUUUCAUAUUGUGAGGAGGAUUAUUUUGACAUUGUGAGGAGAAAAGGGUCUAUGUCCUCCAGAAUGAGCGUCUGUUGCUCAAUCUGCACAUGCAGAGAUGAUAUUCUUUUUGGGGGGAAUCUCCCCUCGCGGACAAAACUCUCACCGUUAAAAAGUUGGAUAAUUUCAGCAAGAUAAUGGAUUGGCAGUCAUUGCUUAUUAUUUCAAUAUCGCAUUUUGCGAAAACUGAAUGCUGAUGAUGUGCAAGUCCACAAGACCCUUAAAAGCACACAGAGUACAGUGUGAAAUGUGGAAAUCUCGUGUCACUUUGCACAUUUGUUGAAGGAUCCGUCCUAAUCCCUGAUCCCUGCUCACACAAUUAUAAGUUUUUUUGUUUCUUUGGUUUUCCUUUGUUUGUUACUUGUUUUUAUUUUAAUGAGACGCAAGGUCUGGGGUUGGGUUCACUUACAUACUUACAAGUAAAAUGUAUAUACCCUCAGAUUCUUCUAAAAGUUUUGACCUUUGCUUUCAGGUGAAGGUUGGAGAUGAUUUAUUCGCAGACCAUUUCCAAGAAUCAGUUAAAAUGAGCACAUACCUGGUGGCAUUUCUUGUGAGCGACUUCGCCCACAUAGAGACGACAACGAGCGGUGGUAUUAAGGUCCUGAACAAUCUAGAGUUUCACCUUUUUUUUUUUUGAAGCCUUAAGUUUUAGUGUUUGCUUCACUCACGAGGGAAUGAAGGACGGAAAGGUAAAAAUGUCUCUAAUUACUUUCUCUGUCGCCUUUUAGGUUCGUAUUUGGACCCCGCCAUCGCAACUGGCUCAGGCUUCAUAUGCACUGGAUAUUGCUUCAAAUACUCUCUCAAAUUAUGAAAAAUUCUUCCAGAUAAAAUUUCCUCUUCCCAAGCAAGGUAAGAAAAAUUGAAAAAAUUUCCGGCAGUUGCAUGCUUGUGAGUGUCAAUACACAAUUGUGCUUCCGUGCCUAUCAAAUUUACGAGGCUUCAGUACUGAUGUUUUCCUAUAGCAUCCAUGGACUUCCUUGGCAAUUCCUUUGGUCCUUCUCAUUGUUUAUCACCAUCUCUGCAGAUCUUGUUGCUAUUCCUGACUUUUCGACCGGUGCUGAGGAAAACUGGGGGCUAAUCGGGUUUACCAGCUCAAUGCUCCUCUUUGAUCCUAAAAAGACAUCAGAUGAAUUACGACAAAGUAUUUGCGAGACUGUAACACAUGAGUUGGCUCAUCAGGUCGGUAAAGAGAAAAUUAUAUUCCUGGGAUGUAAAUAAUUGUAAAAAAAAGAAAGGAUUUGUGGUGGAUAAAUCAUCAAUAAAUGUUGGUGAUUGAAUUGGCAACAUACACCUAUUUGACCUACUUCGACACUAAACUUAACUCCAGGCCCAAAGUCAAGUUGACACCCUUCCCUAUAAAGUAUUUGCAAGCCCAGUCAGAUUAUGAGGGUUGAAAGCCCAAAUCGUAUUUAUUGCCACUCAUUGACCCACCCUGAUCCAGCUCUCAAUGUUGACAACCGCUAGACAAGCAAGCGACGAGAAGCUGGGUUAUGAUUAAUAUAACCGAACUUUGCAAUGUAAGAUAACCCGCCAGCGUAGGGUUUCCCUAAUACUAUAAUGUUUUUGGUCAUCAUCUAACCUUGAACGAGUUUCGUUUCAGUGGUUUGGGAAUCUCGUAACUAUGAAAUGGUGGAACGAUCUUUGGUUGAAUGAAGGUUUUGCUACAUUCAUGGAAAACAUAGGAGCAAGCUUUGUUGAACCUAACUGGAGUAUGAUGGACCAAUUUGUCGUGAAGAAACUUCAAGUGGCUUUCAGUGAAGAUCAGUCGAGUUACUCUCAUCCAAUCUCAGUUGAUGUAAAAGAUCCCAAGGACAUUGACAGCAUGUUUGACUCUAUAUCUUACGAAAAGGUUUGAAUAAACCCCUCCGAAAAAGCGCUUAAACUAGGAAUAUGACGAGUGAUGCAAACAAUUAAGAUAUGACAAGCACAUGACAACAACAGCCCUAAGCAACAUCACAACAAGUGUUAUUUGCCUUGUAGGGAGCAUCUGUAAUACGGAUGUUAAAGAAUACUAUUGGCCAUGAUCACUUCACUGCUGGUCUGCGGUCAUACCUCCAAAGAUAUUCCUCUAGCAACGCAGAUACAGACGAACUUUGGUUAGCUUUGUCAGAAGUAAGUUUUCGAUGAUCAUAACGAUAACGUUUCGUUUUUCCACCCUCCAAUUAACUCUUGCACCAAAUUUCAAGUGUACCCCACAGCUUUAUCAUAAACAUGCCGGAAAUUGUUCAAAAUGAUGACGAAAGUACUUCCGAAUUGCUUUUGGUUUGUAUAUGUAUUACACCACUCUAUCAACAAAUCAGUUCACCAAUUUUAACUAAUUUAAAUCAAUGGCGUCUUUGUUGCUCGGCUUUCUCCUGAGCUUGAGGCCGGCCGGUUAGGUGAGUUAAGUUAGAGUUUCCAUUAGCUCCUUUUGACGACAAUCUUUGUUUCUGAUUGGCCACGCCGAAUUGACAUUGGUUUUGACGCUUCAUUCUGUUAUACUUUUUUCCCUUUUAUAUUGGUUCAUCUCCGCAGAAAAGUGGCAUUAACGUAAAAGAAGUUAUGGACACCUGGACACUUCAAAUGGGUUUACCAGUUGUUACUAUCAGGCGCCUGAACCAACACAAGGCGACCGCUGACCAAAAAGUAUUCCUUAUCGAUCCCGGUGCCAGACCACAAAAGAGUUCUCCAUUUAAGUAAGUUAUACCCUACAGACUUGCAUUCCUCCUCGCUCGUGUUACUUGCGUGCCAUCAUACAGAAAAACAAUGGCACCUUUAUGGUCAGUUGUUCGUGAUAAGGAGUCACUGCUAAGGAAUCCUAUAUAAAGAAAUGAUGUUUAAUAAUUUUGGUUUUCACGGCAAUUGAAUGGCGGUUAACCUCACAUAGGUAUGAUAAGCAAAAAAAGAGAACACGAUUUUUUUCGGUUUCGACUUAGCAUCUGCUUAGCAGUAAAUCUAAGAUGCCAUAUACGUCUACCAGAAAAAGUGUAACUCUCAUUUUACAAGCCAAGUCGCUCUUUUUUAUCACUAAAACUGCAUCUAACUUACCAACUCUGUCCUCUAUCAUCCUUACGUUUCUAAAUAUUCCCUCGAACUUCAUCUUGGUCAAUCUUCUGUUAUUUUUCAUAGUUAUACAUGGAACAUUCCGCUGACUUAUGAAACUGAGAAGGACAACACAACCAAACAAGUUUGGCUGAAGAGGGGAAGUGGUAUGUAAAUGUUGUCUUAAAAAUUUUUUCUCAGCUGAGGUCAAGACAUUUCUCCAAGUGGCUGAUCAAGUUUAAUCUAUAAAUCCAGAUAGGAAAUAAUCUAUCCCCCAAAAGAGUUUCGUGGAUAUCUGCAAAACAAACAACACACUAUCUAUACGAUAUAAGGGAUAACGUUUUAAAUUGAUUCUAAUGUUUAUUCUAGUUUUCCAUUCUUCAAGAUAGAUGGUAGUGACGUGAAUCUUUUUUUCCAGCUUCGCUUGAUUGGUCAAAGACAUCUGGGUGGAUUAAAGCUAAUGUUGAUCAGAUUGGUUAUUACAGAGUUAAUUACGACAUCGACAACUGGAAAGCUCUUAACAACCAACUUCACACAGACCAUACCGUAAGUCCUAGGGAACAGUAGAUGUUUACAAUUAGUUUACAUUUUUAUUUACUUUAAUUGGCUGAACAAUUACCAAACUCGUGGCCGUAAUGAUUACGUUUGAAGAAAAUCCUGAGCACUUAUGACGAAGUUAGAAUGAUUUUGUAUUAUGCAACACUGCAGGUAAUGAGUCCAGCCGACCGCUCUGGACUAAUUGAUGAUGCAUUUCAUCUGGCGAGGUAAACUAUUCCAUUUCACUUGCUUCUUUUCGCAUCUCAGUAUAUUUACUAUUUACUACUGUGAUUCUAUUCGCCCAGCUUCCCGUUGGUUAUUUUCAUAUUUUAAAAUUUCUUUUCAUUUACCUAUUAAUUUUUUCCUCUCCAUCCUCAUUUUCUGCAAUAGUGUUAAGCCUAUUUCGCUCUUUAUCCGCUUGUAAGUUGCUGUAACGUGUAACUUUGCGCCAAUCUCUUUUCGUGAUAAGUCCAAAUGUAAUAUUUUCUUAGGAGUGACGAGCUCGGAUAUGAACUAGCCUUAGAAAUGACUGAAUACAUAAGGAAUGAGGCAGAGUUUUCACCGUUAAUAACUUUCUUACGAAACAUGGAGUACCUUGGCGACCAGUUUACUCUACGCAAGUCUUAUGAUGUCUUUAAGGUAAUAUAAUUUGUGUCCUACCUAUAUCACUUGCGCUUUCUGGGAGGCCUUAUUUUAAGGAGAUAUUGUUGCGUAUGAGAUUAGAAGAAAUAAAAUACAAGUUCUUGUUCAUAAUUAAGUUUGAAUUUGGACUUCAUUUACAGUAGAACUAACGGAAACACUAAUAAUAAAGGGGGUAAGUUUCUUAAGAGACUGUGGGGCUGCGUCGGUGGGAGAGUAUAAUGGGGUAAUUUAGUAUUAGCAACUGAGUUGAUAACGUAAAUUGGCCACCAAAAGAGUUUCAAAGCUGAAGUUUCGAGCGUUAGCCCUUCGUCGGAACGAAUGCAGGAAUUGUGGGUUGUGUGUGUUUAUAUGCAGAGAAUGGAGCUACACUAUUGGUCGGAAUAUGAUGACGAGAAAACAGGAAUAAAUUAGUUGAAUGAAAAGCUCUUGUUGAUACUGUGAGGACAUUUUCUCUACGUUAUGAAUGAAAGGACAAGUUUUGCAUCGUGAGGAAGCGCUUUUGAAAGUACUUAUGACCAAAAAGUUGCGGAAACACUUUGUGAUUAUUUUUUAUGGUAAACUUGAAAUAGCUGAGCCGAGUGUGAUAGAAGAGAAGUUAUAAACUACAAUCAUUUGUCCACUACAGAGAUACAUGCUUCAACAACUUCGACCAUCAAUAAGUAGACUGGGAUGGAAUGACAAAGGAACGCAUUUACAAAAGUAAGCACUUGACUUCUUUUGUUUUUCCCAAAUACUUUGUAUUAAAAAAAUCAAUUUAAAAUAAAUUUCUUCCCUCUAGACUUUGUAAAUGUGAAAAAAAAGAAAAUUCAUUGUUAAUGAUUUUAAUUCAUUCUUUUUCUGAUUCCCUUGCUAAUUCAUGCGUCUUGAUCAUGGCCUAUUGUUGUUUUUCCAGAAUGCUGCGUCCAAAGAUUCUCUUUAAGGCUUGUGACUAUUCAGAUCAGGACACCAUCUUGAAGAUCAAGAACAUGUUUAAACUUGCAAUGGAAGAGAACAAAAUGUAAGUGUUUCUCUUCUGACAGCUUUCUUCUCGUUUGUGUGUGAUUUGCUGAGCUUUACAAAAAGCAAACUGAUUAAUUUCUCUGUUUAGGUUCAAAACUACUUUAUGUUGAUAAGGAGUCAAGAUUACUCUGAAUCGCGUAUUGUUGAAUGUCUCCCAAAAGGCCUUAUUAUGAAAAUGAUCAAAUAAGUUCUUUGUUUCGUUUUUCUUUUUCCCGAUACGAUGUACAUCCUAAAAGGCAAAGCCACUGAUAGUACUUAUUUUCACAGGAUCCCAUCAAACCUUCGUUCUUUAGUGUAUUCAGUUGGUGUCAAAGAAGGUGGCGCCGAAGAAUGGAACCAGGCUUUCAAAAAGUACUCAACUACUCACGUCGCCUCCGAAAAAGAUAUUCUUUUGGAUGCACUCACUUACACAAGAAAUACUCAAAUGAUACAAAAGUGAGUGUACAGGCGAGUAUCCCACACUGGAGUGUAUCCUACAGUGGGACAAGCUUUGCGCUCCUUGUGAAAUGAGCCCGCAUUAUCUGCCCGAUCGAUCGGAUCCUCAUAUCACCAUAAACCAACAGGCCUCCAAAAAACCCUUAGGGCAAAUUGUAUUUUUUGCACCAAUUAUUCUAGGUCUCUCUGUUGCUCUCAACUGAGAUUAUCACAAUCGUUUGCAGCCCUUAACUUUAACUUAUCAAACUUCACUGGCAACACUAGAAAUAGCACAUCUCCCUCGCAGUUUCUGAUUUGAAUCUGAAUUGAUACGCAGUCAGGUGCGAAAAAUUUGUUUUGGGGAUGCAAAUAAACUCAUAAUUCUAAAAGUUUUGGAACUCGAAAACAAGCUCUAAGCGAGGUUUUCAAAGUCUUUUUCCCAACUGAAAUAGAUUCCCUCGUCUCUCUUACUCCUCUCAAUUUUUCGUCAACAGGUGCUUAAAUUAUUCGUUGGAUAAGACAAAAAUUUCCCCUCAAGACACACUUUCAGUAAUCAGCGGGGUGGCGUCUAACCCCGAAUCAUGGAAAAUGGCUUGGGAUUUUUUUCGUGAACGCUGGCACAUUCUGUACGAAAGGUAUGAAGGAUAUCAACUCAUAAAAUCGCACUUGGAGGCGAUAUGACCUCUACUGCAAAACGUUGUUCCUUUGUCUCCUUGACGCUUAUCUUGCAAUCUCAAAUCUCACAACUCUUCCUAAUCAUCUCUUCGCAGGACCUAAAUGGCGCUCCAACUAAAGCAGUCUUCUUUCAUUAUUUUCUGCCAAUGAAAAGCGUUUCAGACAAAUAUUUCAAAAGGAAUUCAUCUUCCUGUUCUCCUUUUUUUUUUUUUGCGUCAUCACAAACCAUAUUUUGUUCUGGCUAAGCCACCUGAAAGGAAGUAAUUUGAAGAGCAAAUUUGACAUUUUUUUUGGCCUGAAACACUUUGAAUCACAGAAUUCGAUUAAAUUGCAAGGCAACUUCGACUAAAAACCCUUGCUCUGUGCGAACAUGGGAUAUGAUUCUCUUCGACUAUUAUUUUCAUGUGCACGAGUUUCAUAUGGAAAGAAAAUAAGUUGCAUUUUGAAGCUUGGAAAGAAAAUCAAACACAAAUUACAAUAACGGAUAAAGUAAAUUCCCUGAGAACAUGCAUACAAUCGCAUGCAGCCGACUGAGAUAAAAUGACUGAGAUAAAAAACAGCGUCCGACAUCAAAAAAGUAUCCUUUUAAACAGGACAAUAGCGUUUGAAAGCGGUAUGAAGCGCCAUUUAAAGCCUUAUUUGAAAAGUAAAUUGUAGCAUCUUUCUGAAUGAUGAAAACUGACCGGUCAAUUUAAAAUUAACUGAAAUGUUUUACCUUAGGUAUAGUCGUGGAUCUGAUGAAUGGCCAGUGUUGAUUGAAUCUUUGAUGUUUAAAUGCAACACUCUCGCACAACUGAGCCAGGUAGGAUAUUUGAUAUAGAUGUAGAUUAUUUUCCGUAUUCGAUAAGAAAUAAAAUGCCAGGGUUGUGAAAGAUGUUUUUUUUUUUAUAAUAAUAAUCUUUUGGCUUUUUUGAUGCAUUACACAACUUGAACUAGCCGUCUUCGACGGUUAUAUGGCGUUAUCCAUCCACGCAUGUCACGGUGUUCCUCUUGAUGUUCAGCACAUGCCUUGUUGCCACUUUCGCGAAAUCCAAAGUUAGACAGUGUUGACGGGCUCUUCCCAGUAUUUAGACGUGCCUCUCAAUUGAACGCAAAGUUACUAAAACAAAAUAAAUUAUUUCGUUAUUAUUCCGGCUCAUUUCAUUCUGGCUGACUUGAAGUAAUAUUAAAAAACUAUCCUUUUUAGGCUUCCCCUUGGCUGCUUCACACAGGGAACGACGGGAAGAAUAAUUGCUACUUACCUUAGUCCUUUCACUCCUAAGAUCUCAAUAGUAAUUCUCCGCACUGUCUGCCUCGUUAUAAUUCUCAUCAUGGUAGUUCGGGGAAUUAUGGAUUGGAUCAGAUAACAAUCCCCUAAUUAAUAUUUUUUCUUUAUUCUCUUCACUUGUCUACUUGAUAAUUUAUUAACUUUGAAAGGAGAAAUUCUGUUUUGGUCACUCAUGGGGGUUAACGUGUAAAGCCUACUAAAAGUAACUUUGUAGGCAGAUGUGCGUUUUUCAACCGACUUUUUAAGUUUGCUUGUGAAUUUUUCUUGAUUCGUUACAGGUUAAGAAAUUCUUCAAGGAUUAUAAGCCCACAGACGCAGCCUAUCGCCAGGUGAAAAUGGGAAUAGAGCGAAUCCACGCAAAUAUACAUUGGCUCAGUCGGCAUGAGGAAGAUGUUACCAACUGGCUCAAUCAACACGUGCAAAUCUGAUAAAAGAGACUGUUACAUAUAAUGCACAGUUUAAUGGACAAAGCAAAAAUUAUAGAUUAUGUCAGCUUGAAAAAAAAAACAUCAGACUCUGUUUGAUUAGUAUCGUUUUUUCAUUUUAAGUGAUAUCAAAAAGUUGGUUUGAAUCGAUAUGACUUUGUCAAAUUUAGACCCUACAAAAAAGAAUCUACGGAGAGUGAAAUCUCGCCAAUUCUUCAGACACGGGCGGUCAAAUAAAUUGUGUCUGAAAAGUUUACAAACUAUAUGAAAUCAAAGACUUUCGGAGCAAAUUCAGCUUAACUCUGAGUGAUGAAAAAAAAAAGAAAGAAAAAACGAAGAACAUGUUUUAAAGGUAGGAAAAAAAACACACAUCCACGUCAAGUCAAUCAACAAAACACGACCUUAACGUCGGCGUGUUUUUCGUUAUUAAUCCUUAGGCCUUAAGUUUACCUAAUACUGAUAAUUAAUAACUGUUAGUCCACGAAUCUUUUUCUACAAUCACCGUGGGAAAAAAGUCACAGAAUGGUAAAAUUAUGUAAAAACUUCGAUGAAUUUGAUUGUAAUUGUGCC